GUAUAGGUACGUUCCUUAGUCACUUUAGUGACAAAUCUUAGUGUAGAACGUUGCGGGCUGUUCUCGGCGAUUCCAUCAAUCAUCAUGCGUACCCUGCCUACCAGAUCCCUGCACGCUCCUGCAGUGACCUUGCAUGAGGAACCCUGCUUCCUCAAGACUACUACGCCAUGACGACCCACUUACUCACCCCACCUUCCGUCAUUCUGUUAUAAGUAGAAUCGCCCUCUCCGGCUCCCCUCGACUUCAAAUAUUGCCACCGAACUCUUAAACUUAACCCAUACCUACCAGGCAACGAGCUAAGAUCAUUUUGUGAUAAUGAUGCUCACCCAUAACCAUAACCAUCAUCGCCAACAGCAACAACAACAGGCACAACAUCAACUUCAAGACCAGCUUUUCUACGGUCUGCACACGAGUCCUUAUUUCGGAGGCAACGAUUUCGACCUGGACGCCGAUUUGGACAGCAUCUCGUCGUCGCCUGUUUCCACCCAGUCGUUCCUGUCGCAGUACUCGAACGUUCAAGGGGCGCCGCUGUCUGGCAUUGACAACAUCGCCACCGGCGCGGUUCCCAGAAGAACGCAACAGGUCUCUUUGUCCGAUUUCCCCAGCUCAGGGUACCGAGCAGCCCUCGACGGCGGAGACGAGCCGUCUUUGUUUGCAAACAACGACCCGAUGCACAUGGACUCGUGGCUUCCGAACACACAACUGACCCCAAAGUCGGCUGCACGAUACUCGCACAAUCGCGACUCAUCAAUGUCAUCUCUGGGGUCUGCGGGCCCGGCCUCGCCGUAUUCGCACAACACUUCGAACCCCCAGAUUGCCGUCACUGACUCUAUCGACGACUUCCACGGACUUCCAAACGGCGAAGACGUCCAAUACCACCUAGCAAAGUCGUUCCAGCCAUCGACGCAUGAGAACUUCUAUGCGAACCUUUCCAACUACGGGCCGGCCGACGCGAGCGUCAACUCAGCGCGCAUCAAUAUGGCCAGGGUUCCUAGGCAGAGGAACGAGCGAGGCUUCCUGCCGCCGCCCGACUUCCCGAGGAGCCAAAAUAGGUCACGGCCAGCUUCGGUGGCGAGUUCCAUUGUCAGUGACUCACCGGCCACGCCAGCUGGGGAGCCUGAAGACGUUAGGAGGCAAAAGACUUGUGAGCUGCUCGGAGGUGUUGACCAGUUUGUAUUCGACUCAUACUCACCUUUCUCUGAUGGCGCAGCAUCCAAUACCGUUCCGAAACUCGACCGCACCAUGACCGACGUCUAUAAUGACGAGCUCUACAACCCAAACUUCAACAUCACUUCCGCGUCGCCUAGUCAAAUCCCGGUCACUUCGAGUAACGACUUGUUUGCCCAGAGAUUGCAGGCUGCCAACAGUCAGCGUCUAAGCGCCGUUCAUUCUCCGGUUUCGACAUCUCCUAGAGAUAGGUCGCCGUUCCGCCAUGGUUCUCCACUAGCUCCGAUGCCCAGUCACGACUUCUCCGCCAUGCCUUCUACGCACAUGGGCUUUGGCUCAGCCCAGCAGCUGAGAGAACAGAGAAAGGCGGAACAGGACGCACAGGCCAUGCAGCAACAGCUAUCGGGCCAUACAGGCACCGACACCCCGCAGACAAUAUCUCCCAAGGACGCCGUUCUGGAGUUCAACUCCCCGGACGGGGACGCCAACUUCCCACUCUUCCCGCAGCAAGACUCGAAUGGCUUCGACACAUCACAGCUGAAGGGACUUGCUCAAAUGUCGCAGCCGUUCAAUAACCUGCAACUCGACGGAAGUUCGUUCGGCAACUAUGUCACGCAUCAACUUCCCACCAACCUCCAGGUCCCGCAACAAUACCCAUUCGUCCCGCAGCAGCAACCCCGCCAGCAGAACAGGGAGCCGUCGAUGAGCAACAGCUCCAUGGCUCCGUCAAGGCUUAGCUCGACCGAGUCGGGGCAGUCGGAAGGCGUGCACAGCAGUAGCCCGCAGAGACCGGCGGGAACAAGCGCCGACGGGGGCACCUACACUUGCACGUACCACGGCUGCACGCUACGAUUCGAGACCCCGGCACUUCUGCAGAAGCACAAGAGGGAGGGCCACCGCCAAAGCCACGGGCUGGGUACUCAGCAGCGGAAACCCGAUGUGGCUGGAGCCGGCAUGACAUCCAACCUCCUCAACAGCCAGGCGGGUCCACACAGGUGUGACCGGAUCAACCCCAGCACUGGGAAGUCUUGCAAUACAAUCUUCUCACGCCCUUACGACCUUACACGGCACGAAGAUACGAUCCACAAUGCCCGCAAGCAAAAGGUGCGCUGCGACUUGUGCACGGACGAGAAAACCUUCAGCCGCGCAGAUGCCUUGACAAGGCAUUACCGGGUCUGCCAUCCUGACGUCGAAUUCCCUGGCAAGCACCGGAAACGUGGAGGCGGCCAGAGUGUAUGAAGUCACCAGUACGACAGUUGUGGAGAGCGAUCUCUUAUGAUACCACCCCACACGCUACUGGGCCCCCCAACGGCUGGCUCCGCGGAAGGGCUCGCUUAGCUGAUGAUGUACGAAUCCAGACAAACGGCAUCAUGCAAUAAAGCUUUGGGAGCAAACG